AGUAUAAUAGAGAAGAGAGAGAAUUAGAAAAGGAUCGAGUCAGAAGAAAGCGGCUCUCUCUUCGUCGACCCAUUUGUGCGCAGAUAGAUGGAUGGAUGGAUGGAUGGAUAGUCAUAAGACCCAUGUCGCGGCGGAUCUAGAGCUUGGCUUGCUCGUGCAAUUUUAAUCGAUUUCUUCAGCACCCUUUUACCCCUCAUCUCUCUCGGUUUCUUUCCCACUUUCAAGAAGUCCCGAUUGAGGUCCACGCUGUUUCAAGCGAAUGUCAUCCGGCUCUCAUUUCCAGCGCCAAACUUCACCAAAAAUGCUGCCUCCUCGUCAGCAGCCACGAUCAGGAGGGCUGCAAACAUCCUUGUCCCUAGUUUCACCUGAUGCCUGUGGGUCUCCUAAUCUUCAAGAGCGUGGCUCAAACUCAGAUCAAGUCCGCGAAUCCCCAUCAGAAAGUGCCAGCUCUCAUGAAACCUGGCCUACUGCUGAUGCUUUGAUGCCCAAAAAACUGGAGAAGGACAAGGAAGGGGAGAAUGGUUUCACUGAACAUUCUGUCAUCCGCCAUAUCUCUAGCUCAGAUAAGAUGUCACUCAGAGAUGUGGCCAGAGAAAGAGUGGAUAUAGUAUCUGAACAAAUGCAACAUCUUCCAGAUGAGUUUCUAGAAAAGCUUAAGAAUGAACUUCGCGUCAUUCUUGAAGGAACAGGGGGCCCUCUGCACAGAGAGGAGUUUCUUUUUCUGCAGAAGUUAGUUCAAAGCAGGAGUGAUUUGACUGAUAAAACACUGAUUAGGGCACACAGGGUCCAGCUAGAAAUUCUUGUUGCAAUCAAGACUGGGAUUCAGGCAUUUUUGCAUCCGAGUGUUAGCCUAUCCCAAACUUUUCUUAUUGAGGUUUUCCUAUACAAGCGGUGCAGAAACAUAGCCUGUCAAAGCCCUCUUCCUGCAGAGGAUUGCACCUGUGAAACUUGCUCCAUGAGAAAUGGUUUCUGCAACCUUUGCAUGUGUGUGAUUUGCAACAAGUUUGAUUUUGAGGUGAACACAUGCCGAUGGAUUGGUUGUGAUUUAUGCUCUCAUUGGACACACACAGAUUGUGCUAUCCGAAAUGCAUUGAUUGGUAUGGGCCCUGGUGUUAAGGCUGGUUCAGUUCCAGCAGAUAUGCUUUUUAGGUGCCGAGCUUGCAGUAGGACAUCUGAAUUAUUGGGAUGGGUCAAAGAUGUAUUCCAACACUGCGCGCCAAGUUGGGAUCGCGAAGCGCUGAUAAGAGAACUUGAUUAUGUUGGUAGAAUAUUCCAUGGGAGUGAGGAUCCACGGGGGAGGAAACUGUUUUGGAAGUGCGAGGAACUCAUAGACCAGCUGAAAGGCGGGAUGGCAGAACCCACGGCUUGUAAAGUAAUAUUGCUCUUCUUUCAAGAGCUUGAGGUUGACCAAUCGAAGAACUCAGAAAGUGAGGAUGGCGGUCGCCUGGUAGCCCCGCAGGAGGCAUUCAACAGAAUUGCAGAUGUUGUGCAGGAAGCAAUCAAGAAAAUGGAGGUGGUGGCAGAGGAAAAGAUGCGUAUGGUAAAGAAAGCUCGUCUGGCAGUUGAUGCUUGUGAUCAAGAAUUGAAGGACAAGGCCAGGGAAGUGUCAAGCCUAAAGAUGGAGAGACAGAGGAAGAAACAACAAAUUGAUGAGCUUGAAAGUAUUGUUAGGCUUAAACAGGCCGAGGCUGAUAUGUUUGAGGUGAAGGCUAGUGAAGCUAGGCGAGAAGCUGAGAGGCUGCAAAGAAUUGCGCUUGCCAAAUCAGAGAAGUCGGAGGAAGAUUAUGCCAGCAGAUAUCUUAAGCUCCGGUUGAACGAAGCUGAAGCUGAGAAGCAAUACCUAUUUGAGAAGAUUAAGCUUCAGGAGAGUUCAAGGGCUUCGCAGAGCAGUGGGGGGGGAAAUGACACAUCCCAGAUGCUCUUCUAUUGCAAGAUGCAGGACAUGCUGAAGAACAUCUCUAGUUCAUCCUCUAAAGCAGACGGCCAGCCAUAUGAUCUUCACAGCCGUGGUGGACUCCCUUGAGGAGUCUCUGAUGGAAUCUUAGGUUUUCCCAUGCCUUACCCGCUCUAUGGCUGUCGUGAUUUGUCUAUUGUUGUGUUUGUACUUUUCAUCAUGUGAUUAGCCCAAAAAUAUUAGAAAAAAUUGCUUGAAGAGGUUGACGCUAUGAACAUUAUAAUUCUGUGUAACAUUGUGCAUAUUCCAGGUCUAACCUGGUAACCCUUGUAGUUUUUCUUGCUUUGAAUGAUGUGAUGUGAUGUGAUGUGAUGUGA